GUUAGAUUUAUUAGAUACAGUGCUGCAAUAUGUGAACAUCUUGAGCAUGUUUGGGGCAUUUAAGAAACUUUUAAAACGAAGUUUAGAACCACCUUUUGGGUGCUACAUAGCAGUGUAAGCUAGCAGGCUACCGUCUGUAGGAGCAGUAAUGGCGCUCGGGAGGAGUUUAGCACGAACUUGUGUAGUUGUCUUUUUGUUUGUUCAUGUAGACAUGUAUAUGCUCUUUAAGACCUGAUAAUAUGUCUGAUAAUAUGUUAACAAUAACAUGUAAGUAUUUUGUAUGGAAAUUGUGUACUUCAAAAGAAAGUUUUGUCAUUUAAGUACAAUAAUGUAAAAAGAGACACUAUUUGUUGUUUUAUUAAUUUGUUUGUUGUUAGUUUGUUGCUGUAUAAGUUCACCUGUGAAAUAAUUAAAACAUUCUGGAUGAGGCUGCCAGAGGGAGACAUCGUGUCCGGUCAUCCUCAUUCAUAUCUUUCCCCUUUUCAGGGUUGUUACAUUUUGGAGGCACCGCUGGGAUGAAUGAAACGAGGGCCAGCUGUCCCAGAUAGACGUCCGCGUUGUUCAUUCAACCCCCCCAAUACAUCUUCAGCCAGGUGGACAAUAACGUGUGGUGGUUCGUCGUCACAGAAGAAAACUUGCACGCUAUCUGAGGUCAACCAACUGUGCCAGGAGAGCUGCAUUGUCGAUUCUACGAGGAGAGCAUUCCACAUCACAUGUCCACAGACUCCAGAGGAAAUCAGUCAGCUGACGGUGGACGAAAACCUCAACGAUAUCGACAGAGCCGUCUACCUCCUCAGUGCGGGUCAGGAGGUACAGAGAGCAAGUGUCAUCGCUAACCUGCCAAGUCUGAUCCGUCAGAAUCCAGCAGAGACGUUCCAUUGGGUCGUACCAAAGGUUCGGGAGGUCCUUGGUGGAGCUGGAGCUGAAAUCCAACUGGCAGCUGCAGUGUCAUUUUUGACCAUCCUGCAGGAUGACAUCGUCCUGAUCCACACACACACUUAUUCCAUACUGAAGACGGUCCUGCUCCACCUGAACCACCGAGAUGCAGUGGUGAGUAACGCCUGGCUGGAGACUCUGUUGUGUGCCAUGGACGUUUUACCAAAGGAGACAAUCAAACAGGAGGUGCUGAGACCUCUUGUCUUCCAAUCUCUGCCUUCACAUUCUCUUCAAACUCGUCUGGCCCGCUGUCGCAUUUUGGGCAAAGUCUUCUGUAAACUGGAUUCUCACACCGUGAAGAAAGAGCUUAUGCCAUUGGCUCGUUCUUUGUGUCAGGAUCCAGAAUUUGAGGUUCGAGCAUGCAUGUGCCGCCAGUUGGAGAGCAUUGCCAUGGCGUCAGGUGUGGACGAGACCAGCAGAGAGCUGCUGCCUGACUUGGUUGACUUGGCGAGAGAUGGGCACAGCGGCGUCCGUCUUGCAGCGUUGGACGCUAUCAUCAACCUGAUGGAGAAGAUUGACAGCGAGAACAGACUUCGUGUUGUGGUUCCCUUGGUGAUGUCGGUGUUCCAGGCAGGUGACGCCAUCAUGGCAUCUUUGUCAUUCCAGUUUGGAAAAAUCUGCAGUCAACUUGCAGGUUGUCUGUCAGACGAGCAGAAGGUCCACUUACUGCAGACAUUCAAGUCGCUGUGUGUUAUUGGUCUCAACACUGAAAGAAACGAAAACAUUGAUGACCAGACAACGCUGAUCCGGUGCAACUGCUGCUACAACCUGCCGACCAUGUUGGCAUUUGCUGACUCCACCCACUUCCUGUCCGACUUGUACCUGUCAUUUUCAAGUCUUUGUUGCGAUCCCGAAGUCAGCGUCCGGAGAAGCGCAGCUGCCAGUUUUCAUCAGGUGGUGAAGUUGCUCAGUUCGAAUGUUGCUCUGGUUCACAAAGAGCUUCUGAUUCUGUUGAAGGAUGACGCUCUGGAGGUGUUGGAUGCUCUGAUGAAUCACUUGGAGGAAACUCUGGAGGUGGUUCUGUUCAGAGGAGAGAAACUGACACAAGACAAAAAGGGUUCCUUCCAGUCUUCCGAACUGCUGUCAGCUCUGCUGUUGGCCGAGCAAAAGGUUGGAGGUUCUCUGCGUUGGAGGCUGCAUGAGAAGCUGUUGCAGCGUUACAGCAUUCUGGCUAAACUACUCCCUGGAGAGCCGCUGCACCAGAGUCUGUCUCCUCGCAUCUUUGUCAUCCUCACUAGCAACAAGGUGUUGCCAGUGCAGAGAGAGGCUGCUCGGAUGUUCUGCACAUUCCUUCGCUAUAACCGCAAACAGGAACACCGUCGCAAGAUGAUGGAGUGGCUGAUCCAAGCUCUGGCUCGGGGGCGGAGUUACUGGAAUCGUCUACGGUUUCUUGAUGUCUGUGAAAAGGCCAGUGAGAUUUUUUCCAGGAAGUACUUCAACCGACACUUCCUAAUCCCAGCACUAGAACUGGUCCAUGAUCCUGUGGCCAACGUCAGGUACAAACUCUGUCAGAUGCUGCCCAGGCUGCGGUCAUCGCUACGCCUGCCGGCCGACAAGCAGCUGUUUCUGCAGCUGGAUUUUUGUGUCCAGAAGCUCCUCUGUACAGAGAAGGACAAAGACGUGGUCACAGCCAUUCACAAGGUUGUGUUGGACCUAGACAAAAUGGACCUCACAGAACCUUUUCAGAGGAGGAAGGACAAUGAUGUGUUGGACCAGAAGAAAGAAACAGAAGAGACACUGCUGCUGGAGAUGGAGCAACUGGAACACCAGCAGAGCGAAGCAAAACCUAACUCUAUCAAACAAUCAGAGAGGCGACGAAGCGACCGAAAUCCCAGUCUGUCUACGACCAAGUCCAAGUCAUUGUCCUUGUCGGUGUCCUCAUCCGGCAAAGAAACGAGGAGGGUCAAACUGUCACGGAGUCGUUCUCUCAGCAGUCAACCGACCGUCUGCAAACCUGACGCAUCGCAACAACCUCUUGGUAGGAAAGCGUUAAGUGGUUCUUCUGGGAGUCGGAAUUCCUCCUCGUUACACAGCAAAGAUGAUUUUUCAAGAACUACCCACUUCAAAUCUCCGUCCACCUCAUACAGGCCAGUGCUGAUCUGCAGCAACUCCACCACCCUCCCUGACAUGGCUGCUUCCGACGGCCAAACAACUACCACCUUAGACCAGAGAGAGGACAGGACCAUUAACAAGGACCACUGGAAUUACAUGACGGAUCAGAGAACCAGUAAUGUAGACCACGGAAACAGUCCUAUUGAACACAAAACUAUGACCAUGGUCCAAAGAGUAAGUGCCUUGGACAGAAGGACAAAUACCUUAGGCCAAAGAAAACCCAGGACCAGUGCGUUGGACCAGAGAGACAACAGCAGCAUUAAGAUAGAUUCUGGAGAUCACAGGAACAGCUUCUUGUACCAGCGCAGUAAAUCCAUAGACGAGCACAGCACUGCACUGGAGGACAGCAAAUCCAGGAAGUUGUUGAUGAAGUCCAACUCUUUCAACGUACAAUCAGGAUGCCGAUGACAGGAUUGACAUCAGCCUUCAUCCAAUCAGGAGUCAGAGAAAGGUGGGGGGUGUUAAUCUCCAAUUUGAUUGGUCAGGUAAACGUCUCAGUGUUUUCAGUGGUGGUUAGUGUAUUUAUCAUCCAGAGAACAAUUUGGUUAUUCUGUGACAUUCUGAGACAAACUAUUGUGCUGCUAUUGUGUCUAAACAAUAUUUUUUAUUAUUUUAUCAUGCUGCAUAGCUGGGCCACUUUGUUGGAAGUCCAGAUUGCUGACAUAUUUGUUCAUUUGUGUCAAGAAAAACACAACUACCUAACAUGAGCUUGCUGUUGUCUUUCAAGCAGAGGGAACUUAACUGACACUUGAUUUGACACAAUUUUAUUAAAGUCCAAUGACUUGACACCGUUACAUCCUUUUUUGCUGCAGCGGCCUGAUUGAUAUUAUUGUUACAUUCCUUUAAAUGAGCCUUGUCAGUGUUGACACAUGUUGUGCUGCCAUUAAUCAUUUAGGUAAAAAGGUCCGUGUGGACAAACAUCACACUCAACAAGCACAAUAUUCAUCAGUUACAACAGGUGAAAGGUCAACUCAUGCAGAAGUGAUGCUUAUAGAUCAUACAUGUUCCUAAUAAAAUGCUCACUAAAGAUGUUAGUCAACUACAAACUAGUUACAUUCCCGAAGGCUGUUUGUAUUUUGAACUGUUGGUAAGUUGUUAUUUGCUAUUUUAUAUAAUUGGUUUUCCUGCACUAUUAGGCAAAGGGGUGUCCAAACUUUUUCUGAGAAAGGCUCCAAGUACCAUUUUGAUAUUUUGUAAACAACACACGUAGAUAUGCUAAGAAGUUAUAUUUCAAGAAAAAAAAACUGCUUAGCUUUGUAAUAUAGAUGGAAAAGCGCAUUCAUUGUAUGAACUUUGGUCUUUUUUUCCCCCUUUUUUAUUUUUAGAUAUUUUGUCUUUCUUCUUAAAUAAUCUUUGUAAAUGUUCUUCUUGUAAAAUUAUGACUUUAUUCCCGUAAUAUAACUUUUUCCCCAAACUAAUUUUCCAAAAACAUCAAUUUGUUUUGUUUGUUUCUCAUAACAUUACGACUUUAUGAAAUAACAUUUUUUCUUUACUAUUUCAACUCUAUGCUAGUAAAGCUUUCCUCAUAUUACAACUUUAUUCUCAUAAAAUUGCAACUUUUUCUCUCAUUAGAAUAUGAGUUUUUUCUCUAAAUAUUUUGACUUUAUUCUCAUCAAAUUAGUUUUUUUUUUUUUAAUGUUCCAAGUACUUCCACUUUCUUCUUGGAAAUUUUCUGCUCGUAAU